AUGGCCGCGGCCGGCAGGGUAGUUCAAGGAAGCGUCGUGGAAGGCUAUGCUCCAAGAUACGUCCAGGCGACCGUCGUGAACCCCGAGCAGGGCGGGAACGCCCCUUAUGCGCAAGGCAACGUGCCCCCGAUGGCGCAGCCCUAUUCGAGCGGCCCAGACUGCGGGGCCCCGACGGUCAUCGGCACGCCCAUCGGCGGCCAACCGGUGGGCCAGCCAUACGGCAUGCGCCCGCAGGGCAUGGCCUACGCGCCGCAGGCUCAUCCGCCGAUGGGCAUGUCGUCCAACCCGUACUCUGGCUCCGGGUAUUCUGGCUCAGGGUACGGCCCCGGAGGAGGAGAAGCUUUCGACGAGCGCGCCGACUCCCCGAUGUGCCUGGCCGUCCUGGCGUGCCUGUGUUGCUGCCCGCUCGUGGGGAUCUGCGCGCUGGUGAAGUCCGCCGAGGUCUCCUCCGCGAACGCGAGGGGCGACUACAGUCUCGGUCACAUCAAGCGGAAGGAGGCAAUGAUGUGGAUCUACAUGACCGUGUGCUUAGGCAUGGCGUUCUACAUCGCGAACGUUGCCAUGGGAAACUACCAGAGCAAGAGCUGA